AUGCGUAUAGCCGUCGCUCUUGGGCUACUCGCUACCCUUCCAAGUGCUCUAGCUUCGUCAUCUCAUCAUCAUCAUGAAGCCCAUAGGCGCUCUACGAGCGUUGAGUACGAUUAUGUUGUUGUCGGCUCUGGCCCAGGAGGUGGCCCAUUAGCCGCCAGACUAGCCAUUGCCGGGUACAGUGUCCUUCUUCUGGAUGCGGGAGAUGAUCAAGGCAAUGCCACCACGCAACAAGUUCCAGCUCUACAGCUCCAGUCAACUGAAUAUGAGCCUAUGAAGUGGGAUUAUUUUGUGAAUCACUACUCGAACUUAACCCGACAAGAGGAAGACUCCAAGAUGACUUAUCGGACUCCCUCUGGUGAUCUCCAUGUUGGAAAAAAUGCACCUACAGGCUCCGAGCCCUUAGGAAUUCUAUACCCUCGGGCAGGUACCUUGGGUGGAUGCUCUGCCCACAAUGCUAUGAUCACAAUUUACCCGUACGAAAACGAUUGGGAAAAUUUGGCUAGCCUCACAGGCAAUACCUCUUGGUCUGCCGCAAAUAUGCGUCAAUACUUUGAAAGGCUAGAGCGCAAUCGAUAUCUGCCCAGCAGUCUAGUCGGCCACGGCUUCGACGGCUGGCUCACAACAAGUCUGACAGACCUGCGUCUUGUUAUUGAGGAUCAAAAGCUCUUGUCCUUGAUUCUGGCAGGAGCGACUGCUGCAGGUCAAAGUUUGCUGGGAAAAUUGAUCACCACAGUCACCGGGCUUGCGGGAGUUCUGUUACGUGAUCUUAACAAUCCUCUGCCAUCGCGUGACUAUGAUGAGGGGCCAUACCAAGUGCCUCUUGCUGUGGAUGUCCCUGAAUACAAGCGAACUGGCCCACGCGAUUUUGUUCUCAAGACAGCGAAUGCGGUCAACUCAGAUGGCUCUCGCAAAUACCACCUUGAUAUACAACUGAAAACGCUAGUAACGAAGGUUCGCUUUGAUACCACUGGCAGCAAGCCUAAAGCUACGGGUGUCGAUUACCUUCUUGGUCAAAGUCUUUAUCGAGCAGAUCCGCGUGCCUCUCAAACAUCAUCCUCCACGGGCACGCCGGGUAGUGUUAACGCGACCCGAGAGGUUAUUCUAUCUGCAGGUUCUUUCAAUACCCCGCAGCUGCUAAAGCUGAGCGGGAUUGGCCCACAGGAGGAACUGUCUCAAUUUGGGAUCCCAACCUUGGUAGAUUUGCCUGGGGUGGGGUCCAAUCUUCAGGAUCGAUACGAGACUGGCCUCGUUGGCAAAUCCCCCACCGACUUUGUUCUCACCUCCAAGUGCACAUUCUUGUACUCCCUUCCUGAUCCAUGCUUGGAGCAAUGGGAAAACGAUCCCCUGUUCAAAGGGACAUACACUACCAAUGGUAUCGCCAUCGCCAUCAUUAGAAAGUCUUCUGUUGCGGAGGACGAGCCAGAUCUUCUCAUCUCAGGGGCUCCUGCGAAUUUUCCGGGUUAUUACCCGAACUACUCUUAUGAGGGUCUCAAAGAUGCUCAGCAUUGGACUUGGAUUACCCUGAAGUCACGCAGCCGCAACAAUGCUGGAACUGUGAAACUUCGAUCUACCGACCCUCGAGACAUGCCCCUCAUCAACUUCAAUUCUUUUGACGCGGGCGUCACUGCAAAUGAUUCCGACGAGAAGGACUUACAGGCUGUGUAUGAAGCCAUGCAAUUUUCUCGCACAAUCUUUGAGGACCUCGUUCCACUUGAUGGAGGCUUCGAAGAAGUCUGGCCAGGACCUAACGUUACCACGGAAUCUGAAUUGAAAGAUUUCAUUAAACGGGAGGCUUGGGGUCAUCAUGCUUGCUGCACUGCUCCCAUCGGAGAAGAUAAUGAUUCACAAGCUGUUCUAGACUCCGACUUCCGAGUUCGUGGAGUUGAUGGUCUUCGUGUCGUCGAUGCCUCGGUCUUCCCCAAGAUCCCUGGCUAUUACAUCGCUCUUCCGAUUUACAUGAUCAGCGAGAAGGCCGCGGAGGUUAUUAUUGCCGAUGCCAGGUAA